AUGACUUCAACAAUUAGAAUGCUCUCAUAUAGAGUGGUAGCAGAUGCAGUUGAUGAUUAUGUGCAAAUUAGGAAAAGCACGGAAAUUGAAAGUUUGAAAUACUUUUGCAAUUCAAUAAUCAAAAUCUUUGGACCAAAAUAUUGUAGAUCUCCAACAACAACUGAUAUUGCUAGAUUACUUGCUAUUAGGGAGGUUCGUGGGUUUCUGGGUAAAGCUCUGCCUGUCCAUUACACUAUUAAUGGACACACUUAUAAUAUGGGUUAUUACCUUGCUGAUGGUAUAUACUCUCAAUGGGCAACACUGGUUCAGACAAUCUCAUCUCUCCAAGGAGUAAAGAAGCAACAUUUUGUAAUGAUGCAAGAGUCAGCAAGAAAGGAUGUAGAGCGGGCAUUCGAAGUGGUCCAAUCCCAAUUUGCAAUUGUAGGUGGUCCAGAACGUUUUUGGGAUCCCAAAAUGCGUGGUAACAUAAGAAAGAGUUGCGUUAUAUUGCACAAUAUGAUUGUUGAAGAUAAGAGAGAUGAGCAUCUUGAUUUUGAUUAUGAAACAUCAUCAACCAACUCACCAGUAGUAGUUUCGUGUACUAGUAACAAUGACUUUGAAUCAUUUAUGCCCCAUCAUUUAGGUAUUAGAGAUAAGAAUGCACAUCAUGCCCUCUACAAUGAUUUAAUAGAACAUAUGUGA